AUGAAACCGUACCCGGACAGUGAACCAACUGACAGUGAAUCAACUGACAGUGAUGCUACGGUAGCAAGUGAGUUAAUCGUCCAGAAGAUCGUCGCCUCAAAUGCCAACACGCCCAAGCCAAAGCAGAAGAGAAGCAGGGCUCCAGCUGGCUACACAGCUGAGGAGAAGCGUGAUUGGAGGCGGAAAACGGCCAGUAAGAGAGAAUGCCGACGGAUAAAAGACGUGCGCAAGAAACUGGAGGAAAUGAGAUCCAUGUUACCUCAAGGCGAAAACGACGAAAAGCUCACCAAGUUGCAAGUCGUCCUGGGUUCAAUAGAGUACAUCAGAGACCUCAAAAGUAUGGUCGACGGUACAUUCAGGUGUAGUGCGAGCAGCGGUGAAGAAUCAAAAUGUGGCUCACCGUCAGUUGGCCUAUCGGAAAUGCAGAGAAGCCCCAUAGCCAAUAGCGGCUCCGUAUCUUCAAGCAUCCUGUCAUAUCAAUUGAGCGGUAAGCCGGUUGAUGUGCCGCCCCAGUUGGAUCAUGCCCUGUCCGAUGACGUGUUUGUACACGAAUCGCCAAUGACGGAGAUGUACAAGUAUAUGUUUGCGGAGAAGUUUGUCUAG